AUGGGGUUUCUAGACAGGCUACAGAGCAGGCUCGAAGUCUAUCGCCUCGAGCAACGAUACACACGGCGACGGCAACGUGCCACGCUAUUCAACGACGCACAAUACGUGGACGGCGAGUACGUGUACACCAGCCCGUCGCCAACCUCACCAGCCGGAAGCAUGUCCAAGAACUCCACCGGCAGUAACUGGCGGCCUUCUGCCUGGGGCCGAUCCACCUCUGAUUCCCGAUAA